GGUUGGCGGGAAACGCUGGCUGUCAGCAGUUUUGAGAAGAAGACUACGUUCUCCAUGUCGCGGGUCCUGAACGGAAUUGUGGCGGUGUGCCCCAACCUGGGCAUCGGGAAGGAUGGGAAGCUGCCCUGGCAUCCUAUUCGACUCAGCAACGAAUUCGCUCAUUUCCGAAAGAUGACUGCCACACCGUCUGUAGCAGGCAGGAAGAAUGUGGUCAUCAUGGGAAGGAAGACCUGGUUCUCAAUCCCAGAGAAGAACAGGCCACUGAAAGGCAGGAUCAACAUCGUCCUCAGCAGGAAGUACAAGGUGCCACCUGCAGGAGCACACUAUGUGGCGUCAGACUUCAGCUCAGCUCUAACAUUAGUUGACACAGAACUGGCAGAACAAGCUGACCAGGUCUGGGUUAUAGGAGGAAGCUCUCUGUACAAGGAGUUGAUGGAAAGCCCAGGAACCAGGAGGCUGUUUGUCACACAAGUCCUGCAGCAGUUUGACUGCGACACUUUCCUUCCUGAAAUCGUCCCAGACAAAUAUCAACUGCUGCCAGAGUUUCCAGGAGUCCCGAAAGAGCUUCAGGAGGAGGAGGGAAUCCAAUACAGAUUUGAAGUGUAUGAAAAUAUUUAACAAAUGACAUAAUAUGAAAAAAUAAGAUCAUGAGACAAUGUACUGUAAAUAUUGAUGCAUAAUUUUGUUUUACUGUUGGUAGCAGAGUCUGUCCUGGCUCCUGUAGGUUAAACAAAGAGUGUGCUCACUGUUACGAUCAAUUUGAUCGGCAUCUCUUGGGAAUGCAGCAGGAGAUAUGAGAAUUUCAUCAUUUUCCUGCUCAGUGUUGUAUGUUGAUUGACUGUGAUAAAUAAGUGUAAUUAUUAUUGUAACUGAAGCUUCUCUAUUAAAUACAAAUGCAUGUAUUAGUUCUCUCACUCAUAUAACUUAGAAAAACUACUUGACCAAGCUGAAGCAUAUCAACGUUAGAAAUGUUUAAUUUGAAAUAAAAUGUUUGUCUUUUCAAUCAUUAA